UAAACGAAAAUCAAACCAGGUUACACCAUGGAGACGGAGAAAAUCAAACCAGGCAUGAGAUCCAUUAAACGCCUAUUCGUCAACAAGAUCGACCGCUGCGAGCUCAAGAAGGGUGAUCACAUCUACUGCUGGAGAUCACCCCUUUACAUCUACGCCCAUCAUGGGAUAUACAUCGGCGACGAACAAGUCAUUCACUUCUUCACUUCAGACAGAAAUUCGUCGUAUUUCUCUGGAUCCUCCUGGGAUGGGUCCAGUAUUCUUCGAAAUCCAUGCACAAAAUGUGACUACUCCAGCCGUGAGGGAGUGGUUAAGUGUUGCUUGGAUUGCUUUCUCUCGGGCGGUGAGCUCCGUCGCUUCCAUUACAAUGUCUCGCGAGCUUUCUUGCUCACCAGGAUCCGAGCAGGAACCUGCAGCCAUGCUAAAUCCAGCCCUCCUGCUCUGAUCCUGCAGCGCGCCAAGUUCCUCCUGGAGUGUAAUGGGUUCGGGAGGUAUGAUGUCUUUAAUAACAACUGCGAGCACUUUGCGAUCUACUGCUCGACCGGCUUGAUCGCACGAAAGCCCCGUGAGAUCGGACAGGUUGGGGCGUUGAAUGGCGUUCUUCAGCAGCUCUUUUUAAACGAGAAAUUGAAAGCCUUUCUUCGCAAAAAUCUCCAGAUCAAAGUACUUGAACCCAUCAUUGCCAUUCUGAAGAAUCUAUUGGAAGCGGAAGAUCAGAGGACUCGGGACGUUUUGGGGAGCAAACUUGAAGAGAUUGUCGAGGAACUGGGGCUUUUUGGGAAGGACAAACAGAAUCUUGGGAGUAACGUUGUAACUCUUCUUAAGCUCUUUGGGAGUACCGCGAUCAACAUGCGUGAUGCUCUUCCAAUUUGGUUGAAGCUUGUUCUGGAGGUGUUUAUUUCACUKCUUUUUAUCUAUGUUAUCGCUCUCUACCGAUCGGAUAUUGGAGUUCACAAGGAUGUUCGUUUAGUUGAGGUCGAGCAACUGGUUAUCGAACGAAAGCCGGUGGAAUGAAAACCAGUUUCCGAUGGGGCCGGAACCGCUUGCUAUGAAUCCAAGGGCGGAGGGGAGGCGGUUGGGUGUAAGAGAGGUGACCUGUAAACCCUCAAAACAUAUCAUGGACUCGUGUGAGAGAGAUAUUUUGAAGGGAUUUGGUGGUGGUAGAGUUAAAUAACCUCCAGUUCUGCUAAGACAUUUUGAAGGUCUGUGAUGGUUGCAGCAUCAGUUUCAGUUGGAAUCCUCGGGAAGUGAAUUUUGCAGCUCAUAAUCUGGCCAAGUUGGGCUUUUCUUUUCAGUUGUGAUUGGAGAGAUUAGUUGUCUUAUUUGAUUUUCUUCAGUUGUUCUUAACGAUGUAUUUUAUUUUCUUUAUCUCUUUUCUUAUCAUAUCUUAUUAUAUUUACCU